GGCCAAACCGUUGAGCCUGCAGAGUCAAUAUUUCUGUUUAUUCCAGUCAUUGUGAUUCUGCUUUGCAUACAUAUAAGUUGACGUGCCAACUCGUCAUGGACACACAAUACGAAGGAGGGAGCAAAGGCGACCCAGUGCAGAUUACGGAAGAUGAAGCAGCUGUUUAUGACCGCCAGAUCCGAUUAUGGGGCCUCGAAGCUCAGCAGCGAAUGCGAAAUGCCACCAUCUUGGUUAUCCGACUGCGAGGUACUGCAACAGAAGCAAUCAAAAACAUCGUUUUGGCAGGGAUAGGCAAACUUGUUAUUUUCGACUCAGAAGAAGUCAAGGAGGAAGACUUGGGCGCUGGCUUCUUUUUCAGAGAUGAGGAUGUGGGGAAAAAGAGGGUGGAUGCUGCGAAGGCUCGAAUAGAGGCCCUGAAUCCGCUUGUCACAGUGCAAGCCUUGAGACAUCCGACGCUUUUAGAGCAGGGGUCUCUCGAAGCACUUAUUAUGAGCGUCGAUUUGGUUUGUGUGACGGAUUGGGACCGCGAAGGCUUGAUCAAGAUCAAUGACAUUUGCCGGCAGUUUGAGAAGCCGUUCUAUGCUGGUGGUACAUUCGGCCUGCUCGGUUACGUCUUCUGCGACUUGCUCAAACAUGACUACAUUUCCCCUGACCGGUCGGCACCCAAAGAAGCACCAAAGAAUGUGAAAGCGAGUGCAUCAUACUCACGACUGUACAUGGCUUUGCAGCAUCGGUGGACAGGCCUCACAAAACGGCAAACAAAAGAACUUAACCCUGCUGUGGUGCAUCUCAUUCUGGCCCUUUGGGAGUAUCAAAAUAAUCAUGAAGGGAACCUUCCAGACGACAUGGAUGCAGCCUCCGAGCUAGGGAAGAUAGCCAACUCUAUCCUCGCUACGUCAGACGUCAACCGACAAGUUCUGACUUCAGUCCCGCAGGAUCUAAUUGAUGCAAUGAGCACAUCAGCUGCGCAUGAGUUCUCGCCGACAUGCGCAGUUGUUGGAGGGAUCUUAGCACAGGAUAUCCUGAAAGCCCUCGCCGCCCGGGAAGCGCCGAUAGCAAAUUUUUUCACGUUCGAUGGAAACACGGGUGGUGGAUCGGUGUGUAGGAUGAAUAUGUAGUUGAUGCUCUUGGACUAUGCGUGAAUCAUGAUGCUCGUUUAAUUCUCUAUUCUCUUGAUAUGAUCUGUUAUCUCUCUUAUUGGCUAUCACCACG